AUGUGCGUCACCUAUUGGGCUGCAACACGAUUUGGCCCCCUCACGGCACUUCUACUCCUGGCGUUUCUUUGGCUCCUGGGGGCCCUUAACCUCCUGGAGCACCUCUUCCGGUUCGUGGCUGUGACAGGUGAUGAAGCCGACUACCAUGAUCUGCUUAGGCGCGCCGACAUCAUGCAUCAGCCAAAUGUUCAAAAGGUGUCUAAACGAGGAGAAAACCCGUGGCUCUCGUAUGGAUUUAGCUGCAUGCAAGGAUGGCGUCGUACAAUGGAAGAUGAUCACGUGGCAAUGCUGUGCGACGGUGGUGGUUUCUUCGGUGUGUUUGACGGUCAUAGUGGUUCAAGUGCGGCAAAAUUCUGUGGUGGUAAUAUCUUUAAUUUUAUUUCAAAAACGCAGGCGUUUGCGGAGAAGAACUAUCAAAAAGCGCUUUACGACGGUUUCAUUUCAAUUGACCAACAUUUGCACACCAAUCAUGGUAAUGAGAGGAGCGGCUGUACAGCAGUGGUACUACUCGUUACGGAUGAUGAGCUGUACUGCGGCAAUGCAGGAGAUAGCCGCUCCGUUCUGUGCCGCGACGGAGAUCCCGUGGCGCUCAGCAGCGACCACAAACCGUUUCUCCCAGGAGAACAAUCAAGAAUAGAAAGAGCAGGCGGGUAUGUAUGGAACCGCCGUGUCAACGGUGCUCUGGCGCUUAGCCGAGCUAUUGGAGACUUCAGCUUUAAGUGUAACACACAGGUGUCGUGGGACCAGCAGGCUGUUACGAGUGCACCUGAAGUGCGUUUUGUCCGUUUGAAUCGCGAUCGAGACGAGUUUGCCGUUAUUGCUUGCGAUGGUAUAUGGGAUGUGAUGAGCAAUGAGCAAGUAGUAGAGUUUGUGCGUCUGCGUGUUCAGCGCCGGCUUCCCCUAGACCAGAUUGCAGAGGAACUUAUUGAACGGUGUCUGUCGCCCCAACCAUUUGGUCUUGGAUGUGACAAUAUGUCUGUUGUUAUUGUUCAGUUCAAACGAACAGUCCCCUCUCGAUCUCGCCCGAAAGACUUACAGGAGGGUGAGAGUGACGUAAUUGAGCCCGUUAUUGUGGAAGGUGAGGCGAUGCAGCCAUCUCCGAUUGACUGUGAUGAGACGAAGGCGUUCCAGAACGGCAGUUUGGGUGGUGGCAGCACCACAACAAAAAACGAGAACUACCUGGUUAAACAGUUGCAGCAACAACAGCAGCAGUCUCUCUUAAAAGGUAAAGGGGAGGGUUUGGAAGAUUUUCUGGAUGAUCAGACAGGCAGCGCCGAGUUGGCGUUACCACGUGAUGCCAUCAAUGCUCCCCCUUGUGAAGAGGAGAGGGGGCCGGAUCCGAAGGCAAAGUGGGAAUGA